GAACGCUGAUUACAAUCGAAGCCAGUAGACUGACUAACUCAACACCUACACAACACAUCUAGAACGAUGAAACUGAUAUACACCCUCUUAUUCAUUUGCUGGGCUUCGGCUCGUCCGUUAACUCGAUCGAAAGUGAAAUCAGCUGUCGAUUUCCAGGAUAUCACGCUAGACCGCAUCGCUAAAAUUGAUUAUGCUGAUGAUCCGACGUCUUAUCGAAAGUUGACUCUCGCCGAAAUGGCUCUUGAUUUUGCUGCAUUCGACAGUGAAGAAGAUGAUUAUGAAGGUGCAAAUCCAACAGUUAUGACGGCGCGUAUGGCGAAAAAGCGGAAAGGUGGUCACGGCAGACAUUCGCACGAAAAUGGCCGCAAAAGGCCCGGCCAUCACCAUCAUUCACACGAACGCAAACACGGCCAUGGCCACCAUCACGGACAUCAUCAUCGCGGAAAACAUUCUCAUGAAACAGGAUCUGAUGAAACAACAACACUAACGUCAAGUUCCACAACUUCCAUGGCAACUACAACUGAAUUUACCACCAUUACUACCCCAACUACUACCCCAACAACUACCCCAACUACUACCCCAACUACUACCCCAUCUACUACACCAAGCACCACAACAACUGCUACCAAACGAAAUAACAGUAGCCGUGAGCAAGGAGAAAAGUCGACUGCAUAAGUCGGUUUUGAAUAAUUACUACCUAAUUAAACAACGAAGAAAAUGGAGCUGUAGUGAGUGGCCCACAUCUACUUAAAACACAUUACAGCAUUGCAAUCAAUCGUCUAAAUUUUUAGCCUUCAGUAUAAUAAUAUUUGCAUGUUGACAUUAAAACCAAAUAUGACCUUUGUCUGUUUGUUGAGUGAGACUAUGUUGUUAUAAACUUCCUCUUCUGCAGGAAAAAGUUGGAGGAUGACGACGCUGUUUUUUGUAGUGAUGUGCGAAUUUUCUGUCUACUCACGUUAGCACGACAAUUACUCGCAAUAAACAAGAUUGUAUCGCUU